GAGGAGACCCGUGAAUCCCAAAGCAAACAGUUUCACAGCCUCAAGAAAUGAUCCUUCCACUACAUGGGCUACCUUGCUUGGCAUGUCAGUAAUGCCUCUGCCUAGUAAAACCCCCUAGGCUUGGUACAGACAGGGCUGAAGGCAAAGUAAGGAGUCUCUGUCAAGUUCUGUUCCUGUUACACUGGUCUGAUAAGAACAGUUGUACUGCUGGACUUUGGCCUUUUUCAGGCAGUUAGGUGACACAGACGGAUAUUGUUUUCACACCUACUUCAGUCGGAGUUAUAGGAAGGGAGCCAAUGAAGGACUCUACUGUGGUCGUGAAUAAUCUUUUGUGUGAUCAGGCCUUGAAAAUUGGCAUGUCCAUUUCUGAAGCACUAUGGCCGUGUUCAGCUUCAUGGCUGUCUUUCUUUUCAUUUUUGAGGGGGUGAUCGCUAAAGUGCAGCUGGAACCUCAGAAUGCCACUGUACUCCAACAUUCUGAAGCCAGAUUCAACUGCUGUGUGAAUGAGCCUGGAUGGACGGUCAUGAUUUGGUCCCUGAACAGACUCUUGGCACUGACCAUAUUAGAGACUUCUGGCGUGGUUAACAGUACCGGGCGCUUCUCUGCGAGUGACUAUUCCACGGGUGGAGCAUCCAAGUGGGAGUUUAUCAUUGAAAAUGUGCUAAGAGAGGAUUCGGGACAAGUCACGUGUCAGAUCCAAGGCAGUGAGCCCGUGACUGCUCAACUAUCUGUGCAAGAGAGCGGCGCCGUGGAGAUUGAAGGCGCCAACCGCACUGCGACCGAGGGGGAGCAGGUUACGUUCCAGUGCCUGGCUGUGGGCUGGUUCCCUGCCCCGCUUCUCUCCUGGGCUCUGAAUGGCAUGCCGGUGCCCAAGGAGCUCUUCAACAGCAGCUUUGUGGAAGCGGGCACUGUGCUGAACUCCAGCAGUUCCCUUGGCAUCACGGCCAGCAGCAGUGUGCUCGUGGAGUGCCUGGCCACCGUGCCUGCUCUCGGUACGCCUGAGCGCAGUGGCGUGUUCCUCACAGUCGCGAAGGUGGACAAGCCCCAGACAAGAGACCAGACUGUGCUGAUAGCAGUCACCGUGUCCUUCUCUGCAGCUGCACUCUUGGUCCUCAUCAUCAUUGCCAUUGUCUUGUGUUGCAAACGGAAAAAGGGAGCGAAGUCAGCCUACCAAAAAGAAGCAAGAGAACACUCACAAUCACAGAGAGACAAGAAUACACACAAUGGGGAAGGGCAGGGGCAUGAUAACCUUGGAUAUGAUACAGAAGGACCUAAAGCAAAUGACUACAACAAUGAGUUUACUGACAGCAGGUACUGGCAAAACUGUAGCAACAGUUUCCAGAUGCCUGAUUUGGCCAAGCCUAACCAAGAAGCUGGUGGUCACACUCAUGCCAUUUAUGCCAUCAGUGACGGUGGUGUCAGAAAACACAGACAUGUAACCAUUGUGUAAAUAGGCCAUUAUGAAAGACAGAGUUGAUUAAUUAACUUAAUUAUAAAAGUGGAAUACAGAAUAUGACCCUGAAAAAAUGGCGAUCAAAAAAAGAAAAAUGGAGAAGAACAAAAAGCAUUUUAAAAUGUUCAUAAUUGCAAUGCAGUUCUACUUUCAGCAAACUAUAUAUACUUUACUUUAAAGAGAGAAAAUGCAUUAAUGUCAUAUUUGUUUCUGUGGCUCAGAAGUACUAAUGUUCAUAACUGCCCGCAGUGCUCUGGAGAGAGGGCUUAUAUUGUGCAGCCUGGAAGACUAUAAACCUUAGUGUGUAGUAGCAGCACAAAUCAAUUAAUCUUGAUUCAGCUGAUGGUUAAUGAUGUUUCACUGAGGUACUUCUGUAUCAUAUCAGGUUCCACCCAGUUAGUAUGAGUGCUUUGCAGUGUAUAAAUGUCACAUUAUUCUUUAAUUCACCAAGUGAUGGACCUGCAGCAAUUUAUUUUACAUUUUUUAAAAUAAAAUUUAUCAUGCACAUUUUUCAGAUUUUAACUGUACCAAAACACAAUCUGCUAUUCAAGGAACAUCACACAACACUGCAAAUUUUGAUCCUUAAGUAGUCCUUUGACAUACGUUCUGUCAAAUUACUUUGGAGACAUAAACGAAUUCAUUCAUUCAUUCAUUCAUUCAUUCAUUCAUUCAUUCGUCAUCUUCUAAACUUAAUCCAGUUCAGGGUUGCAGGGGGUGGAGCCUGUCCUUGCAGCACAGGGCGCAAGGCAAGAACCAAUCCUGGAAAAGGUGUCAAUCCAUCACAGGGCACACACGCACACAUAUCACCCACACUAGGCCAAUUUAGAGAUGCCAACUGACCUAAUGUGCAUGCAUUUGGAAUGUGGGAGGAAACUGGAAAACCCGCAGGAAACUCAGACACAGGGGCGAUGCAAACUUCACACAGGCAACGCCUGGGAAUUAAACUUGGGUCACUACAGCUGUGAGGCAUCCAACAAAAUGAAUCACAGUCUCAUAUUCUUUUUUUAUUUAUAGGUUUGUGUCUCCUUAAUUACACAACCAUUGGCAAGUACCACUAACUCCCUCAUGAAACUUUGUACUUUCAGUUUUAUGGUUGCUGAGAAUUAGUCAAUAGAUGAGUAAUGUUUAUGUAUGGCAAAUUAUGCUUCAUGAUGCAUGCUAAAUUAAUCUCUGCAAUGCACCCUGUGGUGCACAUAAUGUCUGCUCACAUCUUAAACUUGAUGAUCCUCAAGUUAAAAUAAAAAUGAAAUCAGAAUUCACAAUGCACAAA